GCAAGGCAGAGAACUCUAGUUAACCACGUGCACAUGCAUCGUAGACGUAGUUUGGCGUUUUACUUGGUGAAAUACAAAUCAGCGUGAAGAAAAGAAAACAGAAAAAAAAAGAAAAUACUACAUAAAGAUUGGAUUGAAUCACAUUUUGAUUCUUUAGUAAAUAUUAUUAAUUAACAUUAAGAAAAUUACAUAAAAUUAUUAUUCAGUGUGGGUAUUACUUUCAAUCAGAAAAAUGACAAAACGAAAACUGUCGGAGUUUAACAAAGGAGAAACGGAACACUUUGAUUCUAGUGCAGAAGAGAAGGAAAAGCCAAGAAGAAAACAUAAAGUAACAGAAACAACCAAAUUGCAGACAGUUGAGACUGACGGAAACACUAGUACAAAAACAUUGUCUUGUGAUAUCAAUGAUAGUACAUUAGAUCAGUCAAUAAAGAAAUCCAAAAAGAAGAAGCACAGAGAUACCCAAGCUGCUGAGGAAAGUACAUGUACUACAAAAGAAAAUAAGACUGAAAAAGCUUCAAGUCAAAAUAUUGACGAUAGUUCAGAACCUACUGUGAAAAAUCAUAAAAAGAAGAAGCACAAAGACAGCAAAGCUGUUAGUGAAAAUGCCACAGAAGAAAAUAACACCGAAAGAGAGUCAAACAAUACUGGUAAUGUUACCGGUGUGUCAGAACUGUCUCUUGAAAAACACAAAAAGAAAAAACACAAAGGCAGCAAAUCUUUUGAUGAUGAUACCACAGAAGAAAAUACCACUGCAAAAGAGUUCAGCUACACGAAAAAACCCCACAGGGAUAUCAACGCUGUUGAAGAAAACAAUGAAAAAGAGUUAAAUAACAACAAUUCUAAUAUAGCUGAACUGUCGGACAGAAAACACAAAAAGAGGAAACAAAAACAUAACACAGCUGUUGAAGAAAGUGCAAUUGUGGAAAAGAAAAUUAAAAAAGAUUUAUGCAAUACUAAUGAUGGUCAGGUGGAACUUUCAGAAAAAACUACAAAGACGAAACAUAAGAGUAUGAUGGAGGAGGAAACCACAACUACAGAAAAGAAGGUCAAAUUCACUGCAGAAUAUUUUGGGGAGAAGCCUGCAAAGGCGAAGAAGAAGAAGAAAAAUAAAGUAACAGAAAAGAAAACGGAGAAGACAGAGGCAGAAGGGCCGAGUAAGAAGGAUGCCGCUCUCGAAUACCUCAAACUGUGGAACACCGACCGACAGAAGUGGAAGUUCCAGAAAAUCCGUCAAGUCUGGCUGCUUCAACACAUGUACCAAGUGAACGAGGUCCCUGACGAUUCCUUUGCUAUCUUGCUGUCAUACUUGGAUGGACUGAAAGGAAAAGCAAGGGAGACAACUAUUGCAGAUGCGGAAAAAUCUUUGCAAUCAUUAGAAGAUGAAGAUGAUAGUUCACCAGAUAUCAAAGAUCCUUUGAAGUACGACAGAGCAAGGCAGCUUCUACAAUCUUUGUCCUGACAACUUGUAAAUGCAAGAUAAAAUUUAUUAAAAUACAAUUUGUCAUUUGUUCUUUUACUGACAAUGCAUGUUUGAGAUGUGCUGGAUUAGUUACAGGCAGUGAAAUGUGGAUGGAUGAGAGCAACAUUGGGUGUGAAAUAAAAAUAUAAUUUAACAUAAUUUCAUUUUGAUCCCAUUACCUCAUGGAACUUUAAAAUUAUUAUUACAAACGGGGGGGGGGGGGGGGGGGG